UUAUACUCCCGUUACUCUUUUUCUAAAGUUCUUUCGACUAUUUUUUUUAAUGGAAAAUCUAUGGAAAAUAGUUUUGAGUAACAUUUGAGUUCCACUUCCAAUAACUACAUUUAUAUGUGUAAAAACACAUUAUAUUGUAAACAUUGAGUGGUACCCUUUAUGUAAUAUUAAGGUUAGUACUUUGUCAAUAAAUUUGCAUAACUCAUCAAUAUCUCCCUUGCCCCAUUAGCAUCUCCCUCUUUCACUCUCACUCAACCCCCCUCCACCCCGCAUUCGCCGGAAUUCCUCUCUCUUACAACAACACCAUGCAACUUCCUUCAUCGGCCACCGUGGCCACGGUGGUUCUCUCCCUAACUCUCCUUCUGUGUGCCACUGGAGCACACAACAUCACACACAUUCUAGCAAAACAUCCACAAUUCUCCACCUUCAACCAUUACUUAACAACCACGCACCUCGCCGUGGAAAUUAACCGCAGGCAAACCAUCACUGUAUGUGUUGUCGAUGAUGCAGGAAUGUCGAAACUUCUCUCCAAACACCUUUCCAACUACGUUGUCAAAAACGUUCUCUCUUUUCAUGUCCUCCUCGAUUACUUCAGUGCGAAAAAGCUUCAUCAGAUUACUAAUGGCACUGCACUUGCUGCUACUAUCUUCCAAGCUACUGGUUCAGCUACAGGUUCUUCCGGUUUUGUCAACAUUACUGAUCUUAAAGGAGGUAAAGUCGGGUUCAGCCCCGCUGAUUAUGAAGGCCCUCCACCUGCCAAGUUUGUUAAAUCCAUUAAAGAGAUUCCAUACAAUAUCUCUGUUAUUCAGAUAAGUAUGAUUUUGCCUUCAGCUGAUGCAGAAGCUCCGAGUCCAGGACCGAUCCAGAUGAACCUCACGACUCUAAUGUCCGCUCAUGGAUGCAAAGUUUUCGCGGAGACUUUGUUGUCUUCUCCAGCUGAAAACACAUUCGAGGACAAUGUUGAAGGCGGAUUAACAAUAUUUUGCCCCGGAGAUGAUGCAAUGAAGAAGUUCUUACCUAAGUUUCAGAAUUUGUCUGCAGAAGGGAAACAGUCAUUGCUGGAGUAUCACGGAGUUCCUAUAUACCAAUCGAUUUCAAAUUUGAAAUCUAAUAACGGAGGUAUGAACACUUUAGCUACCGAUGGAAGUAAAAAAUACGCUCUAGUUAUUCAGAAUGAGGGUGAAGAUGUUACAGUAAAGACGACAAUUGUGACAGCGAAGAUCACAGGGACAUUGAUUGAUCAACUACCACUAGCGAUUUUCUCGCUUGAUAAAGUGUUAUUGCCUAAGGAAUUGUUCAAGGCUGCUCCUACUCCUACUCCUGCGCCUGCACCGGCACCGGCACCAGAGGCUGACAGUGAAUCUCCUAAGCAUUCACCUGCAUCUCCAGCAGAUUCACCGGCUGAUGGUCCAAGUGAUGAUGAUGCUGAUUCCGGCGCUGUAAAGUACAGCACAGGAACAUCACUUGUAGGUUUUUUAAGUGUAUGGUUGGCCUUCAAAUUAUUGAUGUAAGUUUUUACUUGUAUUUUAAUUUGUUCUCUUAGAUUUUUAUGUUAUUUUUCUUUGUUAAUUUUAGGGGCUUUUAAGUUUUAACGUGACAAAAAGUUGACCAAAUAUGCUCAUCAAAUUAAUGUUUGCAACUGUAUUAUUAGUCUAUUUCUAGACUUGCUGUCUGGCUUUGUGGUUGCCUUAUUUUCUAGAGAGUAGUUAAUUAUAUUAUUGAACAGCUACUCCCUCUAUCUCAAAUUAUUUAUCGUAAGAAUAUUAAUUUGAAGGAUUUUUUGGCCA